AUGCGAAUUUUUUUUUUAAUCAUCAUACUCUCAGCAGUCGUGAAUUCAAAUGAUCAGUUAGAUAAUAAUAGAAGAAAAGUAUUUAAUAAAAAAUUAUCUGAUUCAUCAGCACGAACAGAAAGUCUAGGACGUCUUCUUAAGCAUAUCUUUAGUGAAUAUUUUAACGGCUGCAUUGUAAUUAUGAUGUACGACGAUAAAAUAUACACCGAGUACCCAGGAUUGUUGAAUAUGUUAAAUGAAGAAUUACCUAGCGUGUCAUUCAUCAGGAGAGACUUCAAUAACUCCCAGAGCGGGUCGUCGGACAAAUUACAAUCCAAGUGCUACAACUAUCUUCUUUUUUUGAACAAUAUUUACAGUUUGCAAAAAACCUUGUCGAAACAAAAUAAUAAAAAAGUAGUUGUUGUGUCGCUAUCGACACCAUGGACCGUGAAAGAAUUUUUGAAGAAUUUUCCGUCAAGGUCCUACAUCAAUUUGUUGAUUAUAUCCCACACUAUGAGUGCAAGAACUGAGCCAGGCUCUUAUUUGCUGUAUACCCAUAAGCUGUAUGCCGACGGAAGUGGUGCAAGUUAUCCAACUCUGUUGACUUCUUGGAUUAGAGAUCAUUCGACACAAAAGGCAAUCGAUCUCUUUCCCGAGAAACUAACUGGCGGUUUCAAGGGCCACAGAUUACUCAUUGCUACCGCCCACCAAUCUCCUUUUGCUAUUAGAACCGGAAUCGAUUGGGAUGGAAUAGACAUACGUAUUGUAAAAUUGCUCAGUAAAACUCUAAAUUUUACCGCUGACUUUCGUGAUCCCGUUACGAUUAACAGUCCAAUUUACGCUGCGACGACGGAUGUUAUCACCGGAAAAGCAUCUGUAGCAGCCGGUGGAAUUUACAAAACAACCAAUAUUACGUCAGUCUUGGAUACAUCCGCGUCUCAUAUGGAGGAUUGCGCUGCAUUUAUUUCUUCAUCGUCACUGGCAUUACCCAAGUAUCGAGCCGUCAUGGGACCCUUUCAACCCGGCGUCUGGGUUCUCAUAUGCAUUGUUUACUUUAUUGCUAUUAUCCCAUUGACAAUGAACACUGAUUACAGUUUGAGUUCUUUGAUAAUGAGACCUGGAAGACUUAUACACAUGUUCUGGUAUGUCUUCAGUACAUUUACUAAUAGUUUUGUUGUUAAAGAUCCUUUGACUGUUAAUGGAUUUGCCAAAAACUCAACAGCGCUUCUGAUCGGUUUCUACUGGGCUUUUACAAUAAUUAUAACGUCUUGUUACACUGGAUCAAUUAUGGCUUUUAUUACAGUACCGAUGUUCCCAGAAUCAAUAGACACUAUCGAUCAACUUCUGGAUGAAGGUUACGAUGUCGCAACUUUAGAUCAUGACGGUUGGGAAAAAUGGUUCAAUUGGAGCACAAUUGAUGAUCCGGUAGCUGUUAAAUUAUUAAAAUCUCUGGAGUAUGUACCAACAAUCAAAGAAGGAGUUAGAAAUGCAAGCAGUUCAUUUUUUUGGUCUUACACAUUUCUUGGAUCAAAAAUGGCUCUCGACUAUCUUGUACAGGCCGAGUAUACUCCUAGCUGGUCGACGAGGCGAUCAACUAUGCAUAUCACUAAAGAAUGUUUGGCUAACUUUGGAGUUACUUUGGUAUUACCCAAGGACUCGAUAUACACUCAGACUUUUGAUACAGUAAUAAUGCGAGCCCGACAAUCUGGUUUGACUCAGAAAAUAAUCCGGGAUGUUGAGUGGGAUCUUCAGAGAACGGCCGAAGGAACUCGCCUUCCAAUUUCCGAGGAUUACAAGCGACGAAAAGUUAUUAUAGAAGAAAGACCACUAGCUUUAGAUGACACCGAAGGCAUGUUCCUCGUUCUCGGUGCUGGGAUCCUUAUUGCUAGUCUAGUCCUCGGAAUUGAGUGCUGUCUUAAACGCUUAAAAAAAAAGCACACUGUUGCUGACGCUGGAACAACUUUUACGUCACUUGCUACCACGCCGCGUAUGAGUUUCCUGACAGUUCCAAACCAGCCUUGGGAUAUCGAAAGUUCAAACUACUCUCCGAGACCUCGAAGAUUCAUACGAGGUAGCAUUUAAAUAAUAUUUUUUAUUUCAUCAGCCAGUAAUCAAAUGGACUGGUAAUAUUUUUUUUUACCUAUAUUAUUAAGAGAAUAAGAAA